GGAGUCACGUGGUGCCGGAAAUAAAGUGCGCAGCUGUUUAUGAAGGAUCUGUUCUUCACUGACACAGGAUCAAAACACUGCUAUUAAAGAGAGUCGCGCGGAAAUAAACGUCUGAUUUAAUCGAGUGAUCAUCGACAUGACGCUGAACAGAAACCAUCACCCGAACGGAGGAGUCCUGAUUCAGGCCGGAGAGAGCAUCUUACGAGAAUGCAAGAACGUCGAGCUUUCCUUCAGUGACAUCACACCCAAAAAUGAGCUGUUCAAGGGGACCAAGAAGGGCUCUGUGUACCUCACCCAGUACCGGAUGGUGUUCAUCUGCAGCACGAUGAAAGAGAAGUUCUGCUCCUUCAUGUUCCCGUAUUAUCUGAUGAAGAACUGCAGCAUCGAGCAGCCGGUGUUCGCUGCCAACUACAUCCAGGGCUUGAUCAAAGCCGAGGCGGGAGGUGGAUGGGAAGGUCAGGCUAACUUUAAGAUGUCUUUCCCCAGCGGAGGAGCCAUUGAGCUGGGACAGCACCUCUUCAAACUGGCCACCAACGCAUCUCGAGCUCCUCCAGCUCAGAACGGAGCGUUUGGAUUGGCCGCAGGGAUGAACGGAUACGCCAGUCCAGCCAUGCCACAGCCGUACCCGUACCCAUAUCCCAGCAUGCCACAGGCCGGGUACAACCCCUACCCACAACCCCCUGCUGCAGGUGUGUAUCCCAGCGCUCCUAUGUACAUGGCUCCUCCUCCUCCAUACCCCGGACCUCCUCAGAACUGGUGCCCUCCUCCAGUGGCUCCUGGAAACACUAAAGCAGCAGAAGCAGCCAGCAGCGCCUUCUACAACCCCAGCAACCCUCACAGCGUCUACAUGCCCAUGGACCAGCCUCCUCCGUAUUACCCUCCUGAGAAUCCAGAGAAGAAGAACAACUGAAGGACGACGAUCCCAUCACCUUUUACUCUUAGUCUGAUUAAUACUUCUAUUUCUGCCUACUCACUUUUUAAUCCUGUGUGUGUGUGUGUGUGUGUGUGUGUGACGCUGAACUCUUCUGUAAAUUCCUUUUGAUAAUAUAUUAAUCAUCCCUGAUAGCUGGCAGUGGGUGAGGCUGAUAGAGUUGAUGUAGACGGUUGAAUAAAGCUCUAUAUUCUGUCA